AUGAUUCCGCAUCGGAGCACAGCGCUCUUAUCCAUCAUCAUCUUCGUCGCCCUCGUACUGGUGAUUUUCUCGUCCUCCCCGACCUCCACGACAUCAUCUUCUGGCGAGGAAGUCGUCUCCGGUCCGGCCAAGUAUGUGCCCCGGCCAAAACUCCCUUCGCUGAGCGACUAUCACCUGCCAUUUUUCCGCCCUGCUGUUCAUAAACCACCGGAGCAGAAGAAUAGCACCAGUGGCGAGUCAAAAUGGUUCAGCGACUUCGCCUGGAUCAACCCAUUUUCGUCGUCCAUCACUCUAGAUGAGAACCGAUCCGUCCUGCCUCCGCUACCCGAACGGCCGUUUAUCUACACCUACUACGAAUCGAAGAACGGUAAUGACAAGGAAGCAGAGAACGCGGAUGCCCAACUUCUUCUCGCCUGGCGCCGGGCUUGGUUCGCUCAGGGGUUCCGUCCCGUCGUGCUCGGUAGCGGGGAGGCAAUGAACAAUCAGCUCUACGAGAUGGUGCAGACGUUGAAGGUGAACCCUGAUUUGAAACAGGAGCUCUUUCGCUGGCUUGCUUGGGGACAUAUGGGAACGGGACUACUCGCCGAUUACCGCUGUUUCCCAAUGGCGAGAUACGAUGACCCGCUGCUCUCUUACCUGCGCCGGGGAGUCGAUCCUGCUCAGAUCACACGGUUUGAUCAUAUUGGUAGCGCUCUGUUCGCUGGCGAGAAGACGCGGAUCAAUGAUGCGCUCAAACAUGUUGUCCAGGAUGCCCUUAAGAACGUGGACGAAAAAGCGCGAUCGAUGCUGGACAUCAUGCCGAAGGAGACGUUCAAGGUAGAACAGCCCAGUGCUCUGGCUUUUUACACCUCCGCCACGAUUACCAGCCAUUAUCCGACCCUAGCAGAAAAGAUUGUCUCGUCACCUGCGGCUGGGCGGCUUGCGCUUGUGGAGCUGAUCAACUCUCAUCUGCAUAAUACUUUCCAGGACUCUUUCCAUGCGGGUAUUGCUGUUUUGAAGCCUUUCCCUGAACACACAACCGCCCUAGUGGAGCCUGCGCUACGUCUGGCUAAAGCCCUCGGUCAAUGCUCGAGCUCUCCUAUGCCCGAGUCCUGCCCUCCUAAUCUGCAGAAAUGCCACCCUUGUGACCCUGCUCGGCCGAUGCAUAUCAGCCAGCCUGCGACCUACAAGAACUCGACAUACGUGUUUACUAUUGGAAGCCUCCCUCACCCGUACACUCUGAUCAGUCUGGAACAGGAGUCUGAGGAAGUGACUACACGGCAUAUCCGCCGCGAAACCGAGCGAGAUCCUUGGCUAAAUGCCGUCACCAAAGAUCAGAACGCAGAGAUUGGCGGUUCCGCUCGAGCUGUGAUGAUGAAGAAAGCUGUCGCAGACGAUUCAGCGAUUGGCACGUCUUUGUGGAUGACUGUGGAGUUCCUUCCAUCAGGGGACAAUCAGGCUCUGCCCUCAGAGCUGCUGGACGAGUUUGAGUGGCAAUUUGGCUUCCAGAUUCCUCGGCAGGGACCGGCAGAUCCCAAGAAAGAAGGCGAUAAGAAAGAGUCGAUGCAGAACGCCAACCCAAGCAAGCAAGGUAUCCAAAAGGAAUACGAGCUGAUUACCAAGGCGAGAGAGGUCCUGAAGAGCAAGGAGACCAACCGAAUCGGCAUCAAGGAUGUGGCCGAGGCUUGGAACCUGGCAGACACUGAAAUAUGGAGAUUUGUCAGGGCUUAUCGGGCACGAAGCGUUGUCGAGCGCAAGAAGUGGCAAGAAGAUGAGAAGCAUUUCGUUGGUGCUAAGGUUAGGGAAUAG